AUGUCCGUGGCAGUGGCAGACUUCUUCUCUCAAAAUUGGUGCCACACUGUCGGUCUUUUGUAGAAGCGAGUUGAAAUUGAAAAAUUCCUCUUGUGUCAAGUGCGGUGUUACAUAAUUUACCGGCAACGAGCAUUACUGUCAACACCAUGUCGACUGUAGACACCACAAAAUUCCAACCUGUAACUCAUGUCAUCUUUGAUUUGGAUGGCCUUCUCCUGGACACUGAAAAACUGUACACAGCAUCAACUCAAGCUGUUAUAGAUCCUUUUGGAAAAGCAUACACUUGGGAAAUAAAAUGUCCCUUGAUGGGAAGGGUGGGUAUAGAACUUGCAGAGGCUAUUGUGAAAUCUCUGGAUUUACCCUUAUCUCCACAGGAGUACUUAUCCCGCGUUGAAAAACAGUAUGCACAUUUCUUCCCACAGGCUAACCUUUUGCCAGGAGCUGAGAAAUUAGUUCGCCACCUCCACAGCCACAAGAUUCCCAUCGCUAUUGCAUCAGGAGGUGCACAAGAUAGUUAUGAAUUAAAGACCACAAAUCACAAGGAUUUUGUGUCAAUGUUCCGGCAUGUAGUGCUAGCUUCAACAGAUCCAGAAGUGAAGAAUGGAAAACCUGCCCCAGAUGUUUUCCUUAUAUGUGCAAAACGCUUUGAAGAUUCACCAAAACCCGAGAAGUGCCUAGUGUUUGAGGAUGCUCCAAAUGGUGUGGCAGCAGGCACUGCAGCUGGCAUGCAAGUAGUAAUGGUUCCCGACUCAAGAAUGGAAGACACUUUGAAGAAAGAUGCCACUGUUGUGUUGAAGUCAUUAGAAGACUUCCAGCCUGAAUGGUUUGGGUUGCCCCCUUAUUCAGAAUAAGCUUUUACCUUUAACAGGUUUUUAUAAAUUUGUAAAAUUCUUGGUCCUUUUCAUGUGAGAAAUGUUUAAUGGUUUCACCUCUUGUUGAAAUUUUGUGAAUUAUAUUACUUAGUUAUGGGGUUGCUCCAUUAUUGAUUGACCUGUUUUGAAAAGAAACUGUAUUCUUUGAGAGCUAUUUAUACAGUAUACUUAGGUAUAUUUUACUCAUAAAUAUUUGAAAUUGAAAUUGUAUGCCUAAGAAGCUGUGUAUGCGGUAAACUUUGUUUUAUAUUGUAGUUAGUACAUUUUGUAUACAUUUUGUGAUAGGAUGGAUUAUAUUGAACUGUAGUAUGCAGUUAAUUUCAUAUCUUGUAACUGGUGAAAACAUUUUACUAGAAAUGAUUAUGGUAAUUUUGAUACUGUUAUAAUUUGGUUCGGUAAGGUAUAGAAAAUUGAUAAAUGUAUAUCCUGGUAUUGUUUAUUUGUCAUUAAUUUUGUGGAUUUGUUCUGUUAAAUAUGUUGGUUUUUGGGUAAUUUUCUGAGUAACUUUUAUUUAUAUUUCCCAUCAUCAAAGAUCUUUUUUUUCUGCCAAUAAAUCAUAAAAAUUACCAUGCGUCCUAGAAGCCAAAGGUUGUUUUUCAGAAGCCUAUCCUUACCCCAGAGGAAGGUUAUCUUUUCUAGACAGUAAUUAGAACUCAUAUAUAUAACUUCUGAAUAAAGAGUAUAAAUUAUACUUAGUUGAAGAAAAUAUUGCAGUAAAAGGUAGUAGUAUUAUGAAAAAAUAUACUAUUUAGUUACACAGAUUCAUUCUUGGUCCUGUGUUAUUUUGACAAAUAGUAGUAAUUUACACAAUAUAUUCAGGUUUUGAUAUUUGAAAUGUUUUCUUCUUAUUUGUAUUAUGUGGAUUAAACCUUUCUAUAUUUUAAUUUUGUUCUAUUUGGGAUGUCUUGUUCACAUGGUGUUUUUGAAAAGUAUUAAUGUGCAAUAAGAUGCUAUUCUGUAUUUCUAAUACUAUUUCCUAUUUUAGUGUAGGUUUUCCUUUGUAAGAUUAAAAAUAAUUUCUGCAUAAGUGUACAUCAGAAUCUUGAUAUACUAUACCAGAUAUGGCCCCUUCCAUUUAUCCACACUAAGACUGUUGGCCAACAAAAUUUCUUACAAAACAGCGGGGGAGUUUAUAGCAUAUAACCUGCUUGGUAAUCUGUUCCAAUUUUUCAUUUACUGAUAUAUCAACCUCAGAAAUCACAUUAAAUAAUAAAAUCAAUGAGAGUGAAAAAACAAUGCACAAAGUACUUUUCAAAAAGCUGUAAAACUACAAUUAUCAGUGUGCUUGUUUUAGGAAACCAUACUGUAUUAACACAUUGAGACAGUUGGGUUCUUGCAGCACACCGCCCAAAGUAAAGCCAUCAGUUUGUGCCAUUGCAACCUUAUUUUUUGUUUAUUCUUCUAGGUCAGAGCAUCUUCAGUGCUAGGAAAUAUGAUAGUUAUGUUGUUAGUAAUUCCUAUGUAUGGUUAAUGUAAUGUAUUAAAUUUAAAAAACAUCUUUUUCUAUAUUACUUUUGGUAUUUAUGUGGUAUUGGUGAAUGGUUAAAUGACCCUUUUCAUAGAUAUUUUAAUAUCAGAUAAUCAUCAACACUACGUAUAUAUAUGUGUUGUGAUUCUUCUUGAUUGCGUUCCAGAUGCUGUGACCUUAUUUUCUACCCUCCAAUCCAGUACUAUAUAUAUAGAGAUGCAAUAGACUAGAGUAUGUUAUUAUUUUCUUAUGAAGGUAUUUGUAAUUCCUACUUACUCUGUCAACCUUAAUUAAAGCCAUUUAAUUUUACUUUACUUUAGUGCUUAUUUAAGGUAAAGAUAAUUCUGUUGAUUUUAGCCAAACUACUAGUUAACGAACCCCUAUCCUACAUGGUAAAACCUCAAGUCAUCAUAUAUACAGUAUGUUGUUAGUAUUUUAACUUUGGUACCAGAUACUGCUAUUUUUCUAAACAUUUCAUUCUUUUAUUGAGAUUAAGUUUUUUAUCACAGAGUAAAUGAAGCCAGUAUUAAUGUUGAAAUAUGUUAGAUCCAUGCUCUUGUAGGCAAUAAUGAAAAUGAAGGCUAUAAAGCAGCUACAACUGCUGUCACUGUGACCAUAUCAAUUAUACACAUUACUGUCA